AUGGCCAAGGACCUGUUUCGUCCAUGCUUUGUCGCGCAGGACGCGCAAGCGUACGGACGGCAUGGUCUGUUGGAUGAAGUGCCAUGGAUUCCGAUCGUGACCGCGCCAGCGCCGUAUAGCAAAGACGACUGGCUCGCUGCGAUGCUAGCGUGGAUCCAACACGCGGAGCGAAACAGCUCUUCGAUCCGGCGGUGCGAGCUAUGGGGAGAACAGAAAAGCGACGGAGCACUUAUGUACCGCUGUAUCCGUCGCCUCCUUCCACGACGAACACAUAUCGAUAGCGGGAUGCUGCAAGAAUGCGCUAUAUAUACCGAAAACGACGAUGCUACGGUCGUGUAUACCACACUCCGCAAUUCCGCGCAGGAAACGGAGGCACCGGAUGGGGAGAUGCUGCAUAGGGCGCGCACGCAACAGGACUAUCCGCAGGAUGCCAGCCAGGUGCCGUACUACCAUCCUGCAGUGCGCGCACUCGCAUUCCACUACCGCGCCGCGCAGUGCUGUGUACAGAUUGACAUGAUUCCAUUUCCAGGCACGGGUAACAUCGCGCAGGACGCACGGCUCGGUCGUACGGCGCUCUCUUUGCUGCGGCUUAUGCAUCAGCACAGCUACGGGCACGCAACCUCGUACGUCAAGCGCGUCGAGCACGAUAUUUUGGUUCCCCGAGACGCGUACCAAGACUUGUACCUCGCCUUGCGCACCCGCUACGCUGGCGAAUUGAUACGCACAUGGGCAGAAGUGACCGACCCGAAGAAGCACGUAUUUGAAGACAUCGGCAUCGCGACCUGGCUCAUCCUCCUCUGGCGAUCUAUGUUUUCCCAAGGCGCAGCGCCGGGCGGAUUUGUCGACGUUGGCUGUGGGAAUGGACUUCUUGUGCACAUCCUCACAUUGGAGGGGUAUCGCGGCUAUGGUUUUGAUGCGCGUGCAAGGCGUUCUUGGGCACAGUACCGUGAACACGGCGCCGACUUGCAAACGUGCAUGCUGGAUGCCGCAGAAAUCGUAUCAAGAGAAGCGUCGCCGUUUCCACGAGGCGCUUUUUUAAUUGGGAAUCAUGCCGACGAGCUUACGCCGUGGCUUCCACUGCUUGCGACUAGCACGCAGGCUUGUGCAGGGUACAUCAACAUCCCAUGUUGUGCGUGGACGCUCGAUGGUACACGCUUUGUCCCUACACAGUACACGCUGGACCGCAAAAAGGUAGCCGAAUGGGUCACAGGGGCGCAUUUGGGCGGCCAGGAUCCAGUCAUGCCACCUGCACCGCACACGGCCAUCUCGGAAGAUGCAAAUGUGCUUCUCCAACACACUCUUUGGUUCUUUGAGCGCAUGGUAGCGGCGCCGGAGCAGGCAGUGUCGAAACAUUUUGCCUACUAUGCAUAUAUCGCAACACUCCAUCUCCGGGCGGGAUGGGUGCUUGAAACUGAGGCGCUACGGAUCCCGAGUACGAAAAACUGGACGCUGGUAGCGCGGCGUAAAAUUGGUACAGAUGCGGCCUCAACAGCACGUCUCGAUGUGCACUACUCCGCUCUUGUACAGGAAGCACGCGCGGUGCAAACUCGGAUCCCUGCGCCAUCACAUGAAUAA